GAAGGAUAUUCUCGGCGGUUGCGUAGUGCGCGGCUCGACGCACGGCGAUGCGCGUGACGGCGUUCUCUCGCGAGAAGAGCGCGCGGGAAGAAGUUCCGGCCGCGCCGCCGCUGUGAGGCCGCUGAGGGCCUGAGGCGCCGGGGCGGGACCGGGACCAGGACCAGGGCCCCGCGUCCGCUGAGCAGCGGGCGCCGCUGCCGCGCCCUCCCCUCCCAUCCCCUGCCCCGGGACGCGGUGGCCGAGGUCGCGGGGGAUCCGAGGCUCGUGUGUGGGCCGCUGUCCCCUCCCCGGGGCAUCUGCGAGGGCACGCGGGACAGGCCGCGGCCUCCGGGAGGCUCGGCCAGGCCUGUGCGGAGGGGGCGCGGGCGAACGCGCCGAGCAGAUCACAGCGGGGCUGCACAGUAAUGGGCCGAACUGCCAUAGGACCGUUUGGUUCUAUAGCACAGUGUUUGCGGUGCCAGGCGUGCCCGAGCUGCGGUGCCGGGAGAGCAGCAGAGGGAGGCUGAGGCUGUGCAGCAGCGACGCAGAUGCUGAUUCGUGAGGCAGCACAGGAUCAUCACACCUUCAUUGGGAUACCAAACAUCACACCCCACAGAUCAAAAAGCCCCCUGCCUGGGUGAAGACCCUUCCCCUGGGCAUGUGGAGUAGGAAAGUGAUUACAUAAGCCAUAACUGUAUGCUAAUCGGCAACCAUGGAGUGACCUGAUCGAGGUGGACCUAUUUGAGCAAGGGGGUUGGACUGGAUGGUCUUGAGAGGUCCCUUCCAACCCCAACCAUUCAGUGACUGCAAUGGGGGCUGUAAGAAUUCUGUAGUUGUGUAUAAGCACAGCACAGAGAGGUUUGAUGGGGGUGCUGGAUCUGUGGUGUUAACCCACAGGCUUGUGCACCCCUGAAAUAACCCAGCACUGUCUCCUGAGCGUGUGACUGUUGGCAGGUGGCACACUGGGGCAUGAAUGUGCUGUUGGGACAACAAGGAGUCUGUAGCCCCAGUGGCCAGAAGUGGAAGAAAAUCACAUUUCCACCCAGCAUCCCCAUGGAGAGCAGCGAUACCAAUGGUUCUCUCAGGUGGCUGAGCCACUUGUGGCAAGAAGAAGAUUCAUCAAAUAAUCCUGAGGGCUGCCAACAAGCUGAAUCACAGAGUCUCAAGGGCUGGAAGGGACCUGGAAAGCUCAUCCAGUGCAACCCCCCUGACAGAGCAGGACCAGCUAGAGCAGGUCACAUAGGAACCCAUCCAGGUGGGUUUGGAAUGUCUCCAGAGAAGGAGACCCCCACAGCCCAUCUGGGCAGCCCCUUCCAGUGCUCCCUCACCUUGAGAAGAAAUUAUUCCUUGUAUUUCUUUGGGUCCAGUUCUCUUCCAGCUGGAGACCCCCUGCCCCUGCCCUCCCAGCUGCCCAGGCACUGCUGUGCUGGAGACCCGCAGUCCCUGCCCCAGGACCACCUCACUCCCUGCCGCUUGUGUCUGUGUCAGGGUUCAGAGGAGCUCCCUGGGAGCUGCAGCACAGUUCUCUUGCUGUUCUCUGCCACCUGCAAUCCCCUGAAGUACUUUUUUCAGAGACAUGGUCUCCCUCCAUGCCACACACUCACCUUCUUUCUUCAUCCCUUUCAUGCUCCUUGGCUGUAUGAAGCAACAUCUUCCAGGGCCAGCUGCCAGCUGUGUGCCUGUACAGCACUGCCCAAGAGGUCUGGCUGUGCUGAGGGUCCUGUACUGCCCUGACACACAGGCCGAUCCCAGUGAAGCUGCAACCCCAUUGCUGCAGAGGACAGGGAAGAGCAGCCCUGAACGCAGGUUCAGGCAAGGAGCACGAUUUUGACAGAGGCCUCACACCCAGCUGAGAAGAUUCUCUGUGGCUCCUCAGAAGACAUCGUUCCCCAGCUCCAAUCUAAUCAUCCCCUGGUGCCACUUGAGGCCGUUUCCUCUUGUCCUGUCACUUGUAGCUGAGGAGCAGAGACAGACCCCCACCAGCACCAGGGACCUGGGAAGCCUGAGAGCCUUUACUGGCCAGCAACAGCCUGACUGCAGGAAGCUCCUGCCAUGCUGCUGGCACCUGUGGGCACAGCAUCCCCUGGGCCACGCAGUGUGUGGGGAUCCAGGGCACUGGAGUCGCCCUCGCUGUUAAAAGGAAUUUGCUUGUGUUUUGUCCCUCAAUAAGUUCAGGUUUCCUUCCUCAUUCCAGCUCAGCCCAGCCCCGCUCUGGCCCAACAGAUCCGUUGGGGGUUUCCAGAGGAUAUUCAGGCAUAUGGAAACCUGCCACAUCCACCCAGCGCUGCCCAGGGGACUGGAAACUCCUCACUCACGGAUGUCCUGCGUGGGAGGGCUCUGCUGCUUUCUGCAGCCUUGUCUGCAGUGCCACUUUUCCUUCCGUUUUCAUUUUCCCGAGUGCCAGGAGCUGGGCAUCUCCAGCCGCGGUACCACAGCCCGACGGGUGCAGAGGCUCCGGGGCUCCCUGGUAGCGGCAGAUCCCAAAGCGAGCGUCUGGAGCAGAGGGACCGUUAAGCACAUGCAGCGCCGGGCUGCGGUGCCGGCGCUGCCCGCGGCGCGGGGCGGGCGGGCGCGGGGCGCGGCGCUGCUGCUGCUGUGCGGGUGCGGGGCCGCGCUCUGCGCCGCGCGGGAGCCGCUGCUGCCCGCCGCCCGCAUCGUCGCGCGGAACGUCGCCGCCCUGCACGUCGGGGCUCUGCUCAAGGGCACCUGCGACCUGGCCGAGGAGAUCUUCCACCUGCGGUCCAGGCACCACGGCAGCUUCUGGAGGGCCCUGGGCGCCUGCUUCCCCCUGCAGUGGCACGGGCCCAUGCUGCUGUUCUGUGCCUCGGCCUCUGUGGCUCUGCAGGAUGGAGACGAGCGGCUGCUCGGCCUCCACAUCGGCCUGGUCAGCCUGAGCCAUCUCCUCAUCCUCGCUCUGCGGCUCCACCAGCCUUCAGCAGUGGAAGUGUCUGAGAUCCUGGAGAGGUCCAAGAGGAACGUCGCUCACGGGCUCGCCUGGUCUUACUAUGUCGGGUACCUAAAAAUAGUCCUGCCACGGCUGAAACAGUCCAUGGAGGAAUUCAGCAGAGCCAACCCCAACUUACUGGUGCACAGGGAGACCUGGAAGCUCCACAUCUUGCUCCCUCUGAGCUGUGACAUCUACGAUGACCUGGAGAAAGCUGACAGCAACAUCCAGUAUGUGAUAGACCUCCCUGAAACCACCCUGACCCGAGCUGGCACCAGGAAAAGGGUCUACAAACACAGCCUCUAUGCCAUCAGGGAUGAAGACAACAAGCCCUGGCACUGUGCAGUGGAAUAUGCCACCCCGCUGCAGUCCCUCUACGCCAUGUCCCAGGAUGAGGCCGCAGCCCUGGGCCGGGAGGAGCGUCUGGAGCAGGCCAAGCUCUUCUGCAGGACCUUGGAGGAGAUCCUGGGCAGCUCCAGGGAGUGUGCUGGGACCUACCGGCUCAUCGUGUAUGAGGGCUCGGGGGAAGCAGAGCCCCACUCCCUGUCCCGAGAGCUGCUGUGGCACCUGCGCCAGCAGCGUCACGAGGAGUAUCCCGUGCCCAGGGGCAGCCCCCAGCGCACACCGGCCACCGGCCUGGACUCAGCACAGCUCAACCUGCAGCUGAGCGCGUCGGACGGGCCUCAGUCCCUGCGCAGCGACGGCUUCUGAGGGGUACCCAGCCCGGGGGGCUCUGCCCUCCUCAGCACUGCCCACCCCCUGCAGGGGCUGCCCCACGGCCCCAGCCCCAGGACACGCUGCCCGUUCCCUCUGUCUGGCGGAUUCGGUCCCGGUUGGGGGUUUCAGCUGCUUUGAUUCGUGUCACGGGAAGCGUUUCCCUCUGGGGCUGGGGGCAGGGGGCAGCCCUGGGACCAGCUGCCUGAGGCUCGGUGUAGGACGUCACACGCUGGGGGUUGAAGCUCCCCCCAACACGUCUGGGUGACGAUUCCUGGGCAUCCAGCAUCUCCUGGGGAGGUUGGGGUGCCUUGGUGACUGGUUUUGUCCCCAAGGCUGUGCUUAAAUCCCUGCUUUGCUUCAAGUCAGAACAACCUCCUGAGCGAGGAGUCACCCAGCUUGUGGGGGGUCACCCAGAGCUGACCAAGUGCUGCCCAAAACGCUGGAUGUAUGGUCUGAGCAGCUGAAGGAAGGGCAUGUGGCUCCAAAGAGCAGAGAAGGGCUGCAGCAGCCCUCACUCCUGCACUUCUGGGCCAGUCCCAGCAGAUGCUCCAGGCAAUGGGCUGGUCCUGGCUCUGCAGAGGCUGGUGGAGGUUGUACCUUUGCAGCUCUGGCGUUGGCAACUGUGUCAUGCAGAAUGUGUGGGGGUUUCUCACUCGUCCUACAUCUCUGCUAACUACUGUCAGCUGCCUCUUAAAGCCUUGUGCCAAGUACA